GCGGCCCCGGGUCUCGCCUCGCCUUGCUGCGGCCUCCGCCCCAGGGCCCCUUCUGCGCUGCAGCGGGUGCGCCGGGCCCGGCGGGUGUGACAGCGGUCGGUCACCGCCCGCCGUGGGCCGCGGCCCCGCGCCUGCCGGUCCGGGCCUCGCGUGGGAGCGCGGCCUGCGGGUGCGGGCCGGGCCCGGGGCCCCCUGAGCCCGGCCGCCCCGCGUCCCCCAGCGUCGCCUCCCGGCGGGGCUCCGCUUUCCCUGAGAUCAACUCAUGUGUAGAGUGUUGUGAGUCUAUGAAGCACCUUAGCAGUUUCUUUCACUCUUCCUAGAAGGCCAGGUGUCACAGGAAAACUUCACUUUUUUUGUUACAAGAAUUAAGUGGCAUCCAGAAGCGGCAGCGGAUUACCAACCUUCUGCUGAGUGGAUGGCAGCACCAUUAAAAAUGUCUCUUCCUUCCUGGAAAUUCAGCAAAGAGUUAGCGUUCCCAGGCUGUUGGAUCUCUCUUCCAUGUUAAUGGAUAAUAUUUGAUAUGUGCCCUGUAAAUCCUGCCCUGGGACUCUGUGACCGGUGGGGUGCCUGAUGCCUGUAAUCCCCAUUCCCCGCCGGGUCCGUUCGUUCCACGGCCCCCACACGACCUGCCUGCAUUCGGCCUGUGGCCCGGUAAGGACCACUCACUUGGUGCGUACCAAGUACAACAAUUUCGACAUCUAUCUCAAAUCCCGAUGGAUGUAUGGAUUCAUCCGUUUCCUGCUGUACUUCAGCUGCAGCCUGUUUACCUCCAUCCUCUGGGUGGCACUCUCUAUCUUGUUUUGCCUUCAGUACCUUGGCAUCCGGAUCUUUCUGCGUUUCCAGUACAAACUCUCCAUCAUCCUCCUCUUACUGGGGCGAAGGCGGGUAGACUUCAGCCUCAUGAAUGAACUGCUCAUCUAUGGAAUUCAUGUGACCAUGCUGCUAGUGGGGGGGCUGGGAUGGUGUUUCAUGGUAUUUGUGGAUAUGUAAAUAAAACAAGCGCAUGUG